UCUAGGCAUCAAUUUUAUAGACCAUUAAUGAAGCCAGUUAUCAAAGAUCUCAAGCACUCUUCAAAGAAAGGAGUCAAGAGCAAGUUCAAACAAAGAGAAGGACUGGAAAAGAGCCCCAAAGGCACUGUCGAGUUUACAAACCAAUUGUUUAGCAUAACUUCGCGAUCUAGUAAAUCUAGGCAGACCAAGAAUUCUAUUAAAGCUCUUUAUGGAUCAAUAUAAAGAGUGGCUCUCGAAAAUCCAAGAAAAAAGGAGUUAAGAGUUAUAAAAUUGGACAUUCUAAAAGCCAUUUGAUGUUGACCCAAAGAAACACAAUAGGGUCGAAAUCUAAAGAAAACCUCAAUAAACUUCCCUCGGACAGAAAGAGUUAUCGGAACAAUAACGAGCUCUCAAAGACAGUGCUCUACGAUCCAGCCGAGCAAUCACAAGGUGGAGCGAUUAUUACCUGAGAUAAACACCCUGAGAAAAUAGUGGAAGGAUACUGUAGAAAGAACAAUAAAUUACUCUGAGUAAAGUGCAUCCUCGAAAACAACCCUAAGCAAUAUGAUUAUGUCUCUCUCUCAAAGGCUUAUUCAGAACAACAGCAAUACUUAAAGAACAAAAUCACCAAAGUUAUUAAAAGCAAGGAUAACUUGUUGGCCACAUCAGAUAACAUCGCAAAAGUUCUUGAUGAAAUAGAGAUUUUGCACAAAAACUCUGUGGAACAUGCAAAUGAGUUCUACGCUAAUAUCUUCAAGAAGAUCGAAGCUAGAAGAGUUCAUAACAUCCAAGCCCUAGAGAUGAUCUAUAAUGAGUAUAAAUAAAGAGCUGCAUCAAGACCAGGAGAAGAUUCAGCAAGUGCUCAACGUCCUUAAAAUCUGAGAAGAAAGACAUUCAUCAGAAGAUCGAAAUCAUUCAGCGAUUAAAUUCCUCCAGCAAAAGCAGGAUUUUGAAGACUGAAUCAAGAAUCAUACUGAAGUCCUAGAAAGUGAUAUUCUCAAUCAGAAAUCUAAGCUUGGGUUCAGCUUCAAAAGGGAAAAGUUUAGCCUACUACAAUUCAUCAGAAACGAAUUCAAAGAUAAGAAUGAUGACAUUUUGAUUCCGAAAAGCCCAGGAGCAAGGAAAAGUAAGAUAUGCAAGAAGAAGUACGACCAGAGUGCUAAAAGAUGAAAGGACUCUAAGGAGACAAGGAACUCCAAAGUGAAGCAUAACCAGUUUAACACUUCUAAAGAUUAUAUAAAGAGUGACAGCAUGGUGUCGCUGAAUCAUAGGAAUAGCUCUUCAAAUUCAAGAGCAACUACUAAAGUAAAAGGAUUCUCUAGUAGAUUGAUGGCUCCCACCAAAUCAAGUGAGAUGAGAGUUAACAAAACCAUCAAGCAUGAAAUGGAUGUUUCAAAAAGGAGUGAAAAUAAGGACAACAGUUCUAUUCUGAUGGAAGAAAUCAGUGAAGGCAAGAGUGAAAGUCAAGACACCCCUGUCGUAUCUUUCCAUGGCUCUGACACUUCAGGAUCACAGAAAAUCCUUGAACAGGACUCGACUCCCAUAGUCAGUGCUAGUGUUGAAAUUUACAAUCUCCCAGAUUCCCAAAACUUCGGAUGAAAUGACUCCCAAGAGAUCGACGAGAUGGACAGUGAAGGAGCCUCUAACCCCAUCUCUCAGCCCCCUUACAACAACGUUUACCAAAUAAAGAGACCUAUGGACGCUUCAGAUAAUCCCCCUCCAUUCAAGCUCUCCACUGAAAUCUCUUCUGAAGAAGAGAAGCUUUUCUCCUCUAUCUCUGCUCCAAAGUCUGAAACUCUUGCCUAUAAAAACCCGACCAGCCUGGAUCACUUCAAGAUGGCUAGGAAGGAGCCAGUGCUCCAGUACGAAGUGACUAAGAUUACGCAGGAAGGGUGCAGGGAGUAAGCUCUGGAGUGCAGUUUCAGGAAGAGAAGGGGAGAGGGGAGCGGUUACCACUACCUCGCCUUGCCAAGUGCUCAACCUUUGAUUUUCCAUAUUAUUCGUCUUCAUAAAGACCCAU